AUGCUCCUAACGAGGAUAGUGGGACAUCAGUGCUGUGGGGAGAACGAUUUUUUCACUGAUACAGAAGUCAAGCGAUACUUUGGAACGCUGUUUAGCUCGUUUUUUACGCUCUUCCAAGUCAUGACGCUCGAGCAGUGGUCCGUUGUUGCGAGAGUUGUCAUGGAUGACGCACCCGCUAUGUACUCUUAGCUUUCUAUCUUGAUGGUCAUUUUCAUGUCUUCUUGCACUUUUUAGUUUGAGUAAAAGCGACGAAGAUCUUCAUGCUAUCUUGUUGUUGUACUGAAAAUAUUUUGUCCUCUUCACUGAGUUAGAAGUACAACUCGAACUCUCCUGUUCCAACAACAACAACAUGAUAAUGUCAAUUAUUGUCCAGUUCCUCCUACAAGAACCCCUGCAACAGUCAUAUAUUGUCCAGUUCCUCGUACAAGGUACUUCAAUUCCACCACCUCAUGAACAUCUACUACAGGGGCGUCUUCUUCGUGAUUUUCAUCCUGUUCACGAAUAUGGCGAUUUUUAACCUAGUCACAGCGAUUAUUGUGGAUAAUGUGGUGGACGUGUCACGGGAAAUGCAGGAUGAAGAGCGUGAAGCAUUGGAACAAGAGAAGAUUAAGGCUACUCCUCUGAGAAGGCAUGUCCUUGUCGGUCCUCUGAGAACAGCCAUGAUCCUUGGCGCUUCUUUCUCUACUUGAAAGUGUGGCCAACAAAGAUGUUCAGAGGGAUGCGACAGCGGUAGCUCUAAGAAGAGAAGACAAAUGGAACGCAUGAGACGCAUGCUGCAUGUCCUGGAUGCAGACGGUGAUGGAUAUCUGACCAGGAAAGAACUGGAUUUAUGGAGAUGUUGAUAAAAGAAAAUUCCGACCUAAAAAUCAGCGAUAGACAUGCUUCUAGUUCCAGAUCGUCGUCGCAAGCGCUGCUGCCACUCACAAACUUCUGGCCGCGGACGCGGUGCUUUAACAAAAUAUGGGUGGCGUAGGUGUGCCCCAGUACCGCUCCCACCUGGCGGAGAGCAGCCUGCUACGACCCAGGGCACCCCUCGCGGGCUACUUAGACGGGGCCACGGGAGCUUUCUAGAGCUCAGCAGGACCUUUUUAUACUCCAUUCCACUGGGCUCGGAGGGCCGAGCAUUUUUCGCUGUUACCUGCCUUGGACUCGUCAGCCACCUAGGGCUUUCUCUGGUAUGCCUAGGAGGACUUAGGGGCGAAUCGACAAGGACAGUUCAGGUAGGUGCCGCUGUUGCGGGGAUCGGGCCCGGAGGUGUUUCGACAGGGAUAGUCCGACACAAGGUCGCAGCCACGCCACGCUGAUUAUUGGGAAGACUCCCAAAUCUGGGACCAGAGGAAAAGCGACCCAAAAAAUGCAAACCGGAGGUGCGGAGGGAUGAGACAUCCUGUUUCUCUGGGUAGAAAGACAACAGUUCUGGGGACGGAAUUGAAGUGAGGAAAUGGGUGUGUUGACGGCGGUUGUGCAGACUUGCGGUCGCCUGCAGCGAGCUCUGUAGUUUCAUCUCGUCUUACCUCAUUAAUAGUAGAGACAUGGCGUGCUGCACGUGCACACCCACCUAAAUCAAUGUUCUUACUUGAGUUUACUUACUUACCUUUACUCGUCUUGAGACACUGAAGAAUCUCGUUGUAGAAAUUGUCUAAUCCCUGCCAUCGACCCUUCCAACGCGAAGAUGCGGAAAGCCAGGGAAAUAGCGAAUGACGACCUCUUCAGCAUGCUCGACAUCGAGGACAGUGGAGAGGUCUUGAUUGACGAGUUUGUCUUGGCUGCGGUAAAACUCACCGAACCUUUGACAUCGAAGCAGAUUCUAGGCCUCGAAUGUGAUUUGUUGCGAGUCAGCAAGCAAAUAGGCAAGCUGCAAAGUCAGAUAGAAAAGCAGAACAAAGUAAUAAGUCAGUUCAUGAUGUCUGGAGGAGGUGGGGAAGGAGGUACGACAGCAGACGAAGGUCCUCCACCUCUCAAGAAUCCCAACACGGGAGAUGGUGAACCCGAAGUAGUUUACUUUCCUAGUACAGCACCAUUCUCAACAAAAACUAAGCAGAUGAAGGAGCUAAAGAACGUGGUAGAUCCAGGGUGGAACGUGAAAAUUGCAGUGAAAUCAUUCAAAGGAGAAGGGGAGACGGUGCUUCGUUCACAGCCAAGUGCCAGUAGUCUGACAAGUAUAUCUUCACAAGGGAGCUAUCCUUCCAACCGGUUGUACACACACAAGAAUAACUUUCUUCAAUAUAAUCAGACUCAAGGAGUUGCAGCGGCCGCACCGAUGAUGAACUACAGAGGCGCCGAGCAGUAUUCUGGUCGGACCAACAGCACUACUACAACGGGAGCCGGUAUAACCGGUGACGAGGGCGCGACCGGAAUGCUAAAUCAGAGUACUAGGCCAAGAACCGGUUUAGUAGCACUACCUCCAGAUGCAGAGAGAGACUUGCGUGACAUAGUGGGAGAGGAGGUGAGGAGAACAUUACGGGUAGGUUAAAGGUGCUUUUGUUUGCGUUUGUUAUGGCUCUCCUAACGGGGACAGCCAUAACAAGCGGGACGAUAAAGGAACACCAAAAAACUACCUCUAAGAACACUAGCGACGUUACUUGCGCCACCUCCAGGCCCCGGCGGUCCAGUACUAAUAGGUGCUUCUGGAGAAGGAGGAGGAGCAUCGGAGAUGUCGGAAAGUGGGAGAGGCCAAGUGCCAUACUCUAGAGCAUCCUCGAAUAGGUCAUCAGCUCCACGACAAAUGACCUAUCUUUAGCACUGUAAUUGCGAGGACUUGUUUUCAUGAUCGACCUAAUUUUGCAGAACUACUUCUGGUACUGGAUCUGUUGUAGACCUUGUUUUUCAAGAUCCACCUGACGAAAGUGUCAUAAAAAUUGAAAUUUCCGAGCUUAAAUUUUGUAGUUUCUGUUGCUUGUCACACCAUCCUUCCUAGAAGAUAAAACGUUUAUUUUUAUCCAUUGACAAUGCCAUGAUAAUUGAUCGAUAACGUCGUUGCCUAGCUGCAUUUUGUUAGUAGAUUCUAUCAGUUUCUCUUUCUUGGAUGUUCACUAAAUGAAGUUGAUAAUGUCCCUAGGAGGAGCAGUUCUUGCAAGUAGACGAGGUCGAAUAAGGGUAGCGCCUCCUUCUAGUGAAGCAUAGCCCUGUUGCAAACAAGAUCAAAACAUUUUCGCGGGACGUGAAGGAGCGUGAAGGGGGAUUGUGGUGAAGUUGAACUGGUGGUACAGCUACCACGUGGUGUAAGUACGUGUAGAACAAAAAUCACAAAUAGGAGUCUACGCGUACGUUGGACGAGGUGACUCAUCACAACAAAAUAAAAGCUCGCUACAACUUGUUCUAGUAGAGGCGGGCACACAAAACAAGCAUUAUAUGUCUGCCAGUUUUUCUGGUAGGCUCACACCUAACCUAACCUAAAGCGCCAGGAGGUGGAGCAUCCAGUUCUAGUACACUUACUAGGCCAGACGACCACUACUGCAUCUGCAGCUACAAGAAAUACGGCAGGAGGAACGCGGUUCUAGACGGAUAUACCAUGACGAGGAGAAGAUGGAACAACUCCAAUCUUCAGGCUUUUAACCAUAAAAGCAACCAACAAACCACUGACUCCGGAAAUGAGACAACUUCCCAUGAUAGGAAAACCCCCAUUUCCCAUAAUAUAUUUGAAAUGAGACAACUUCCCAUGAUAAGAAAACCCCCAUUUCCCAUAAUAUAUUCGAUCCCAUAAUUAAACCUUAUUUCCAACAGCCCUUCUCGGACAGGCAUACUCUUCUUCAUCUUGUAGAAGCUGCAAGUCGAACUACUUAGAAGAUCGACACGUUUCUUCACUUGUUCCUCACCGCGGUGUU